AUGGCGCAGGAUCAAGCAGGGAGUCAAGCCCCAUUCCCAUCCUCGAACUACACUGUUACCUUCUCCUCCUCAGACGAUGGACUCGAUGUGGACUUUGAGGAUGUUUAUCCUGAGACUAGUUCCUCUGCAGAAGCUAAACUAUUCGGUGAGAACAGCGCUGUUCCUAGCUCAACUGUUCCCCCUACAGCUGUUCCCAGCACAACUUUUACCACUGCAGCUGUUCCCAGCAAAACUGUUUUGACACUUCUCGCUGAUAACCCCGCUACCCUGAGCCUAUCAAAGAUAUUGCUCAGCGAUAUCCUCGCCAUUAACAGGAACAUCACUUUGAGUCUUGACAAGCAAAAGGAAUCUGUGCUUCUGAUACGCCACGCCGAAUCACUCCUGCUCAAGGCCACAAAAAAAAUGUCUUUCAUGGAGGCUGAGCUCCAUCGAGGCUUUGUCAAAGCCAUCCGCAAGAUUGAUGGGCAUGCAAAUCACAUAAUCGAUGAUGUCGCCUAUAUGCUCCAAUUGCAGGAUGAGAACAAAAAAAGUAUCGACCGUGUUUCUGUUAAAAUAAGGGAUAUUCAGAGCAAGAUCCUCCGCAGCUCCAAGGGAUUUGAUCGGAAGCUACAUCGUUUGAGGCAAAUUAUUCAGCAGAAUAUAAAAUUCGAGGUUCUGAACCUGAAUCUAACAGCCGGCAGCCUUAGCAUCUCCCAAAUCAAGUCUUUGGCUGAGCUGGAGAGUCUCCCUAUCGUGUGGAAGAACAGCAAGCGUAGAGACAUGCAGCUAACAUCCUUGCAACACCAAUUGUCCAUCCUCAACAAAAGCCAAAAGAGGAGCCUGAAUAGCCUGAGAGAAGUUCUCCAAAAGUGGGCGCCCACCAACCUCGCCUCGAUCAACGAUCAGCUUCAGUCACUGAUCAACUCCCAGAAGCGCACGGAACUGGAUUUAGCUGUCUGCGAUAGGGACUCAUCGAAGAAGUAUAAUGACCCAUCAUCAGACGAGUAA